AUGACUGAAAUACAUUCGUUUGGCAAUUUGCCUGUCAUUGCACAUUCAUGGAAUAAAGAUCGAACACAAAUUGCUUUGUCAUUGGGAAAAAAUGAUCUACGCAUCUAUCAAAAAGUAGCUGGUAAAUGGAAAUUAAUUCAUACAUUAUGCGAGCAUUUAUCACGAGUAUUAGCAAUUGAUUGGGCACCGAAAACAAAUCAAAUUGUUUCAGCUAGCGCUGACUAUAAUGCAUAUGUUUGGACAUUGGAAAAUGAUGUUUGGAAGCCACAAAUGGUAGAAUUACAACGAACAAAUCGAGCUGUCUGCUGUGCUAAAUGGUCACCUGAAGAAAAUAAAUUUGUUAUUGGUGCAAGUGAUAAAAAUGUUGCUGUAUGUUAUUAUGAAAAAGAACAACGAUUUUGGGCAGCUGAAAUGAUUAAGAAAAGACCAAAAUCAACUGUAACUGCUGUUGCUUGGCAUCCAAAUAAUCAAUUGAUUGCUGUUGGUAGUUGUGAUUAUCGAUGCCGACUUUAUUCAGCUUUUGUUAGAGUUGUUGAUGGUCAACCACAAACAUCAAAUUGGGGUACAAUUAAAAAUACAGGAGAACUUCUGUAUGAAUUUCAAUCAGAAUCAGGCUGGCUUCAUGAUGUGGCCUUUUCGCCAUUAGGUGACAAUCUGGCAUGGGUAUCACAUAAUUCAAUUAUAUUUGCUGUUUCAGCAGCUGAUCCAUCGCAAAUUACGAUGGAAGCAACAAAUUAUUUACCAUUUCGUUGUAUUCUUUUUAUGAAUGAAUCAGCAUUACUUGUUGGGGGACAUGAAUUUUCUCCAUUACUGUAUAAUUAUGAUCAGAAGCAAGGCAAAAUUGAAUUUAUCGAAAAACUUGAUCGACAAGAAACAGCAACUGGUCGACAAUCUGUUGGGCGUCGGUUUGAUCAACCAGUUAUACAAACGCAAACGCCUGAGCCUGUUUCAACGCACCAGAGCAUGAUAACUCAACUUGUUCCCUACCAAAAAGAGAAUGGCAAUCUAGUAAAAAUAAGUUCUGCAGAUUUAUUCGGCCAAAUAGUUAUAUGGAAUUUGAGCGACAAGAAAAUGAAGCAAUGA